CCUUCACUCCCCCCCUUUUUUUUCCCCACUCUUCUUAUAUCAUGUUGGCCGCCACUCGCAGAGCUAUCGUCUCCACCACUGCCUCCGCAAAGGCUUCUUACGCCACUGCUGCUGCUGCUCAGGGUGUCCAGAUCACCACUGCUAAGAACGGCGUUAAGGUCGCUUCCGUUGAAGAGGCUGGCCAGACUGCCGGUUUGUCUGUCGUUGUCAACGGUGGUUCCAGACUCGAGAACGGCCAUGCUGGUGUCGCACACUUCUUGAAGAACUACGGCUUCAAGAACAACGCCAACCGCACUGCCUUCCGUAUUGCCCGUGAGGCCGAACUUGCUGGUGCCGUCUUGUCUUCCAACUUGACCCACGAGUCGAUUGUCUACUCCGCCGAGUUCUUGAGCGAGGAUGCUGAGCAGUUCGCCGAGAUUCUUGCUGACGUUGUCCAGAACCAAAAGUUCCAGGAGCACGAGUUCAUCGAUAUUGCCAAGCAGACCGCUGCCGAGUCUGCCAACGCCUGGGCCACUCCCGAGUUGGCUUCCCUUGAGCUCGCUCACCAGGGUGCUUUCCGCACUGGUCUCGGUAACUCUGUGUUCGCCAAGCCCACUUCCCACAUCAACAACGCUGCUGUCAAGAGCUACGCCAAGCAGUUGUUUGUCUCUGGUAACAUUGCCCUUGUCGGUACCGGCAUUGCCCACGAGACUGUCGAGAAGUUGGCCGAGACCUACUUUGCUGGUCUUCCCUCUGGCCAGGAGUUGAAGUCUGCUGCCACCAAGUACUAUGGUGCUGAGAUCCGUACCGAGGGUAGCAACGCUCUUGCCCAGUACGUUCUUGCCUUUGAGGGUGCUGCUUCCAACUCUGCCGAGUUUGCUGCUGCCCAGGUCCUCCGUUUCGCCCUCGGUGGUGACAAGUUUGUCAAGUGGUCUGCUGGUUCCAGCUUGCUUGCCCAGGCCUCCGCCAAGUUUGGUGAGACCACUGAGAUCAAGGCCUUCAACUUUGGCUACUCUGAUGCCGGCCUUUUCGGUGUCCAGGUGACUGCUGCCAACGCCGAUGCCACUGCUGCUGUCUCUGCUGCUGCCGAACAGCUCAAGGCCGUUGCCACCAACCUUUCUGGUGAGGAUUUCAAGAGAGCUGUUGCACAGGCCAAGUUCGCUGCCGUUGCUGGCCUUGAGACCCGCUUGGACCGUCUUGAGACUGUUGGUACCCAGGCUCUCCUUUCUGGAAACUAUACCUCCACAUCUGAGCUCGUUGCUGCUCUUGAUAAGAUCACUGCCUCUGAGGUUUCAAAGAUCGCAGAAAAGAUCCUCAAGGGUAAGGCUACCACUGUUGCCCUUGGUGACCUCAGCAGCCUCCCCUAUGCUGAUUCCGUUUCCCUCUAAUUUACGGUCCCUCCAUCUUUUUUACACAACCAAAUAAAGAAAAAGAAAAUGCACUGAUUUUUUAUACAUC